CUUUUGAGCAUUAUCCAGAGAUUAUGGAGAACAUUGAACGUGUUGGCUUUGUGAAGCCGACCCCUAUACAGUCCCAAGCCUGGCCUGUGUUGCUGUCUGGAGAGGACCUCAUAGCCAUCGCCCAGACAGGAACAGGGAAGACACUGGCGUACCUGCUGCCCGGCUUCAUUCAUAUGGAUGGACAGCCUGUUCCCAAAUCUGAGAGAGGAGGCCCAGGUAUGUUGGUUUUGACUCCCACCAGAGAGUUGGCAUUACAGAUUGAGACAGAAUGUGGAAAGUACCAAUACAAGGACUACAAGAGUAUCUGCAUUUACGGAGGAGGGGACAGGCGGGGUCAGAUCAAUGUGGUCAAAUGUGGAGUAGAUAUUGUGAUUGCCACACCAGGCCGACUCAAUGAUUUACAGAUGAAUGAACUCAUCAAUCUACGCUCCAUCAAUGUCUCUUGUACAUUGUGUACAUUAUUUUAGUUACAUUCGUAUAUGGUUUAUAUUCAGUGAAA